UUCUCGUAGCAACUACAUUCUCCAUCUGCUUCACAGACAUAUAUCAAAGAUGGAAGAAAACCAUGAUAUGCUGGCUCUGUCUCUAAGUGUAACACCAGUCAAUAGAACCGUCUCACAUAAACCCCCGAUGAUGCCUCUAGGAUUGGUUUCUCCAUAUCAUCAACAAGCACUUAACGUCAACCAUAUGGUACAGAACCAGGUGACAAGAGAUUUGUGUACUCAGUUACGUAAUGUGGAGGAAAGAGCUGUCUAUUUCAUGAAAGUAAAGGACAAAACCAUCGAAGAUAUGAAAAAACAGUCUGCAGAAAUGGAACUUCGCCUGAGAAAAGCAUUGUCGGAAGCCGAGUUCUGGAAGAAGACGUCGGAUGAGAAAACAGAACUGUGCCGAGAUCUUGCCGGGAAGCUAUUGCAAGUGAGAAAGAGAGAAAAGUCGAAGAAAGUUAUUCCGGAGCAGAACGAGGCGGAAGAGGCGGAGUCGUCCACUGGUGAGAAUGGAGAUGAUGAAUUAAACACAGCAAGUAUUCGUUUAUGCAAACGUCGCCGUCUUUGAAAUUGGCGCGGGGUUUUUAAGGCACGAAUGUUUUUGUUUUGUAUGGACAUGGACGUGUGGUCAAAUGUUCCCACUUCCUAUAGUUGUUAUAUAUAUUCGACGUUGUAUGGGGAGGGAACCUUGAACAUGAUUGUAAUCAUUCUAAAUAUAAAACAUGUCUA